GAAAUUCAGUUGGCAUCAGCACGCAACCGCCAUGUUGCCUGGCAAAACAUAUCGAUCUUUUUACAACAAUCCAGGCUAAAUUUUGUAAAUGCCGUUAUGUGUGACAUUAUCUAACAUCUUCUAAUCAUAUUAACUUUGUAACUUAGUAUAAACUGAUCCUUUGCCUGUGCAGUUGUUGUUAGAAGUGAUUGAUAGUCUGUUUUGCCCCACAAUUAAAUUCUAUGACCUCAAAGGACAAGGGAUUUGAGACAGAAGACGGCGAGAGCUCAAGUUCGCAUUGGCUUUCUAAAGAAAUCUUGUUGAGAAAGCUCUUGGUCUUGGCGUAAGCUACACGUGAUACUAUUCUAGCAACAGUCGACUUGAAAAUGGAUGAAAAUUCAAGUGGAGGUUGUAGUUCGCAAGGAGGUCGCUACAAUAGCCAGGAGCAGCCGGUAGGGGGAGGAGGAGUAGUGAAGAGUGGCGGAGACACCAUGAAACGGUCAGCGGCCAGAGUCAAGCAAUUUAUUGAAAGUUACUUUUAUCAGCUGAUUGACGGUUGUGGCAACUCAAACUGUCAGAAUGAGUACUGUGCGUCUAGUGGAAAGGUAAAAGGGCUGACCCCAGACCAGGCGGCCGGCCUGGCGAUACGGCUGUUCCGGCAGGAGGCCGUCCUUUGCCUGGGCGCUGGCGCUGGCAGGCUGAGGGCCGGAGGCGGCAGCAGUAUGGGGCCGGAUACCUUUGGUUUCCGGGCGGAAGAGGGCGAGGGGGCGCCCAAGGUUGCUCGCACCGAACAGCACCAACAGCCGAGUGCCAGGUGCGGACAGGAGGUUGAGCGUCACAACGCCACUACCGCCACCGCCAACGUCGACAACGAUGUACAGAGCAAGUCGUCGACAAGCAAUCACCACCACCACGAGGUUCUCAACGAAAGAAAACUGCUGCAAGUGAUGGAAACCUGUAAGGCGGAAAACUCGCAUCUCAGGCUGAUUCGGGUGCUUGGUGAAGUCUACUCCAGUCCGGAAAAUCUGGGAAAUUCGUUCCUGAAAAGCGACUCGCCGCCAGCCGAGAUGCUCGCCCCUAGUCAGCUGGCCACCAUGAAAAAGGAGGAGGUGCGUCAACUAGAAGGAGAGAAAGAGAAGGACGAAUCGUCGGUGAGUGCAGAUGAGUGCAGCGGCGGAGAGGGCAGCAGCAACGAACUGGAGUCCACCUCGGAUCACACAGCGGUUGACCUUGAGAGUGUUCGCCGGGCCUACAGUCAGCUGUUCUCGCUGUUCGGCAGCAUAGUCGAGAGUGCUCUCGUGCUGGCUCUUAUUACACUCUCCAAUUACAUAGAAGUAGACCUGCGCAUGGGCUUCGUGAUGUCUCCACGGGGAGGGGACAGGUUGAUCAACAAGCAGCCGUGCUCGCUGGAAACCCUGCUCAACGCUCUAGUCAUCGCUCUCGAAAUACCCACUCUCGGCACUGCCGACUAUCUCGAAGUCGCUUUGCCCAAACUCUGCAGAGCCACAUCGUACCUGCCACUAGCAGCGCAGGCUCGCCUCGCUCGCGUGUGGUCUCGCCACUCUGCGCACACACUGCGCUCUCUGCUGGAGGCACUGCAACAGCUCAUCACGCACAGAGUCAUCAUCGGCUCGAGGGACUUCUCUGUGCAGAGCGACGAGGCUAUCACUGCGCCCACCAAACUUAUGAAGAUAAUCUACUACGCCAGCAUGCUAGCCGGUGAUUUUGACCCGCCAGAACUGCGUGAGGAGGAUGCCAGUAGUAACACUGUAGAAGACCUGCCUUGGGGGCAGUCAACCAAGGCUAUCAAACAGCCCACCGUCGAAGACCCCCUCGCUGACGAACUCAAGGUGAACGUGCUGGACAGCCGGCAACCGCUGAUCCCGUUCACGGAAUUCUACAACGAGCCGCUAUCGGACAUUGUCGAGAUGGACAAGGACUUUGCCAACUACAAGAGCCAACGUGGCGGCGACGUGACGUCAUCCACUUCGUCGUCGGCCGACCGUGACGCCGGCUCCUUCAGCUUCAUGAGAUACUCAUUUGUGCUCACACCAGCCACCAAGACCCUGGCGCUCUACUAUGAUAACAGGAUACGGAUGUACACGGAGAGGAGGUUCAGCUUCUUCCAGAAUGUGGUUGGACAGCCGGCUAAUCCCUACCUCAGGCUCAAGGUCAGGCGGGACCAUAUCAUCGAUGAUGCCCUAGUUGAGUUGGAAAUGGUAGCCAUGGAGAACCCGAAGGACCUGAAGAAGCAGUUGGUGGUGGAAUUUGAGGGGGAGCAGGGCAUAGACGAGGGGGGAGUCUCCAAGGAGUUCUUCCAGUUGAUUGUCGAAGAGAUAUUCAAUCCUGACUUUUCAAUGUUCACCUACCAGCAAGACACGCGGACGAUGUGGUUCAACACGGCUUCGUUCGAGAGCAACGCCCAGUUCACUCUGAUCGGCAUCGUGCUGGGACUGGCCAUCUACAACAACAUCAUCCUAGAUGUGCACUUCCCCAUGGUUGUCUACAAGAAGCUCAUGGGCAAGCGCGGCAUGUACCACGACCUUCAGGACUUCAAUCCGACGCUGUACAACAGUUUGAAGGCGCUGUUGGAGUAUGAAGGGGAUGACAUGGAGGAUACUUUCAUGCAGACAUUCAGAGUGGGCUAUACGGAUGUGUUUGGCAGCAGUGUCACGCACGACCUCCUGCCCAACGGAGACCAGAUCAACGUCACACAGAGCAACAAGAGGGAAUUUGUGGAUCGGUACGCAGAUUUUUUGCUCAACACGUCGAUAGAGAAGCAGUUCAACGCUUUCAAGAAGGGAUUCCAGAUGGUCACAGAUGAGUCACCGCUACAUCUCCUAUUCAGGCCCGAGGAGGUCGAACAACUGGUCUGCGGCAGUAAGAAAUUCGACCUGCGCGAACUGGAAGAGGCGACCGAAUACGACGGAGGCUACAGCCAGGACUCGGCAGUAGUGCGCCACUUCUGGGAGAUUGUGCAUGAGCUACCGUUGGAGUCGCAACGCAAACUGCUGCAGUUCGCCACGGGCAGCGACCGGGUGCCGGUCGGCGGGCUCAGCAAGCUCAAGCUCAUCAUUGCCAAGAACGGGCCCGACUCUGACAGGUUACCAACAGCCCACACCUGUUUCAACGUAUUGCUUUUACCAGAGUAUGAAAGCAAGAACAAACUCUACGACCGAUUACUAAAAGCCAUCAACUAUUCGAAAGGAUUCGGCAUGCUAUGAAAAAUGUGCUGAAGGACUAAUGUAAAAUAAUUUUAAACGUGCUGAGUUUCGAUGUGAUGUGAUUAGAAAUGAUAUUGUGACAAAAGUACUUUUCGCUUAUUGAAAUGAAUUGUGAAAGUGUAUAACCACCCAUUGAAAAGUGUAAGUAAAGUAUUGUGAAUGUGUUUAUUCAUCACCCUUUGGAGAGAGUAAAAAGAGUAUAGUGACAAAGUUUUCCCCUUGGAAGGACUAAAGAGAGUAUUGUGCAAGAGUGUAUCCGACCCUUUGAAAGACUAAAGAGAGUAUUUUGACAUUGUAAUCCCACCCAUGCCCAUGAAAGGACUAAAGAGAGUAUUUUGACAUUGUAAUCCCACCCAUACCCCUUGGAAGGACUAAAGAGAGUAUUUUGUCAUAAAGUACCUUAGUUUGUGAAAAGACUAAAGAGAGUAUUUUGUCUUUGUAUCCCACCCAUGCCCUUGGAAGGACUAGAGAUAGUAUUGUGACAUAAUGUUUCACUGUUAAGUGACAUUGAAGAGGGUAUUUCAACAAUGAGAAUCCCACCCAUACCCCUUGGAAGGACUAAGGAGAGUAUUGUGUCUAUCGUUUUGGAAUGACUAGAGAGAGUAUUGUGACCCUUGAAAGGACUGACUGUACCCCCCUCUCCCACCCCGCUGUGUAUCAAGUACCUGCCAUGUUAAUUAAUUAAUUUUAAUGAUUUAAAUUAUUUUAAUUGUAAUUUGUGCAAGUCAUGCGCAGGUAUUGUUAAUGUGUACUUGUCUUGAAUGGAUGUUGAUGUUGAAAUUGUCAAUAUAAUAUAAAUGUAUUAUACAUUUUAUAACGAUUAUUAUUUUUUAGUUGGAUCAUCUGAAUGCUUUUGUAAAUAGGUGAAAAAUAAAGAAUAUGUUUGAAAUUUC